GUGGUACUUUAUUAAUAUCCCUGCAACUUUGCUUAAUAUUCAAAGUACUUAUAUACGCACACAGAUACACACAAAUUAAGCAAAAGAUGAGCAAGGAGGCCAAGAAUUUGUCUGAACCCCAACCCAAAUUAUGUACCACCAGUGGUGCAGAUAGCCCUUAUAGCUAUGCUGAAAAUUCUUCAUAUCAGAAAGGGGUUUUGGAUGCCGCUAAAGAUAUAAUAGCGGAAUCAAUCUGGGCAAAACUUGACCUCAAAAAUGCCUCUUUCGAUCCUUCAAGCCCGUUCAGGAUUGCAGACUUGGGCUGCUCCGCAGGACCCAACACAUUCAUUGCAGUGCAAAAUAUCAUAGAAGCUGUGAAACACAAAUACCAAUCCGCGGAACAUCAAGUCCCUGAAUUCCAAGUUUUCUUCAACGAUCACGCUGAUAACGAUUUCAACACUCUCUUUCGGUCCCUCCCUCGGACGAGGGACUACACUGCAGCGGGGGUACCCGGUUCCUUCCACGGCCGCUUGUUCCCAAAGUCCUCCCUUCAUCUGGUGCACUCCUCUUAUGCACUUCACUGGCUGUCAAGAGUGCCGGUGGAGGUGGGGGACAGGAGCUCUCCUGCAUUUAACCGGGGCAGUGUCCACAGCAGUGGGUUUGUGAGGGAAGUGGCAGAGGCAUACUCAGCUCAGUACAGCGGAGAUAUGGAGGCAUUUCUGAGAUGCAGAGCAGAAGAGGUUGUGGGAGGGGGUUUGAUGCUGCUGAUAUUACUGGCUCUUCCCGAUGGGAUCCUUUCCUCUCAGACUACUGCUGGUAUGACGUUUGAUCUUGUAGCAAACUGCCUCCGCGACAUGGCCAAGGCGGGAGUAAUCAGUGAAGAAAAACUAAAUUCUUUCAACCUUCCUCUAUACUACGUUUCCCCAGGAGAGUUAGAGGCAAUUGUAGAGAGAAAUGGAUAUUUCACAAUUGAGAGAAUGGUCCCAAUGACAAACACCAUAAAGGAAACCCCGGCCGAUGUCCAAACCAUAGUCUUGCAUUUCCGAGCUGUAGUGGAAGGACUUAUAAAGGAACACUUCGUAAAUGAGAAUAUCGUGAAGGAGCUGUUUGAACGAUUUGCCCAGAAACUUACAGAUAAUUUCUACAUCUACGAUGAUGAACAUCGAAAAAAUAUUUAUAUUUUUCUUCUUUUGAAGCGCAAAAGCCACUGAUGACUGGAUGCUAUGUACUUUGGAUUUAUGAUUCCCUUCCUUGUCUAUAAUACUACUAUGCCCGAGAUUCUUCCCCUGGUGUCAUUUCUUUUAAAUUUCUGAUCUAUCCUUCUACAAGUUAUUCUCUUGUCUUUUGAAAUUCACCUCCAUUCAUGAU